CGAUUUUCCGCUAGUGAUUAGUGAUCUCUUUCUACCUCGUCAACUGUUAACCAUUCCCGCAAUUUCUGCACCGCAUAUUACUUAGAUGUGAACAUCUUAUUUUGAUAAGCGACGGUAGCUGCUUGUUGCGUAAUCAUUUUAGUUUCUGUCUUCUGGCAGUCAAGGGCGAGAACCCACGAACUGCACGAUGCUCGUGUACGGGGACGAAGACCACCGGGUGUACGCGUGGAACGCCGUGGUCGUCCUCAUGAAGGGAAACAAACUGAAGCACGGCCAUGUCAUCAACAAGGCAGAGGGCGGCCUGAUCAUUGACUUUGGCUGCGAGCGACAGCGCGCCCGGUUCAUCGAAUACGGUCGCCUCGCUCACUGCAUCUACCAUGACUUCAUGCGGCCGACGGACGAGGCGCAGGUCCUCCUGCGCUCGCCCACCACGGGCGCCUGGGUCUGGUACCCGGGCCAGGUGGUCGGCCUGGGCGCGUACCGUUUGGAGAAAGCAGAGGUCGUGGAAGUGCAGCUGCCGAAAGGGCGCACCAUCCGCGAGCUGCUGCCGAUGGACCAAGUACGGCGACCGCCCCCGCGUGACUACUUGCGGAGCGACAAUGCGGUGAGGAAGGAGCAUUUUAUGAUCCGUUCCUGUACGCUGCCGGAUGUCAGCUGGGAUGACGAAUCGCAUUGGCUGCGCGAGGUCUUCCAGCGCGAAAUGGCCCGACGCUUUCCUGUGGUGUGCACGGCGCUGCGCGGCUCGAAGGUGCAUUACCUGCAGGACGGCACGAAGGUGUAUUACAUGGAGCACGAUAAAUAUUUGCGGCCAGUGAACACUCUGGACAUGAUCAACUUAUACCGCUGGGCGAAGAACGAGGAGAAGGGUGGUUUUUCCUCCGCCUCGUCGCGCUGGGUGCUGCGUGACAUGGCGAGCAGCCUAGACAGUGGACAGCAAAAAAGCGGUAAACGCCGUGCAAUGCCGUUGCCGGUUGAACUGCUGGCGGAGGUCAUCCAGUCGCUGGACUCCAUCGAGCGCUUCCGCUGCCGGCGUGUCUGUCCCCUGUGGAACGCCGUCCUCACCAUCGAAGCCAACUUUCCGGUUGUGCGCGUGUCCGGUAAAGACGGCGCCUACAGCAAUCGGCAUUUCCGUAAUGAAGGAGCAUACUGGGUGUCGGCUGGUCUGCUGAAGUGCCUCAGCAGCCGCACCCGGGUGGUGGUUAUCACGGGCCUGAACAUUCAUGAAAGCACGGAUUUGGUCAAGAUCGUCAAACAUAACCGCAACGAGAAACGGCUGCCGAUGCUGGAGUUCCGUGAGUGCUGUUUCGGAAAUGACCACGACAUUAUCGACGACAUACUGGACGAGACCGUUAAGCUGAUGUUGGAGUGUUUGGCAUGCUGCGACCGCAUCCUGUGGAAGCAGUGCCGCAUCGUCGAUCGCAGCUUGACGGCGCCGGUAGCGCAGCUGUCCAUCGGCGUCCCUUCUUCCUUUACACCGUUGAAGCGGCAACUGUGGGAGCUGGUCGAGUACCAAAAAACCCGCUGCGUCGCCCGGGGAGAGGGAUGGCUCAGCGGAUGGUGGUAAUGGAGAAGGACGUUGUGAAAAUUGUUACCCACUACCGGAGCGUGGAUGGGCGCUCGUUCGCACGCUUCCGUCAUCGGGAAUGGACAAUGACUUCAGUUUCAUACUGAUUGCCAGGAAGUUGAUCAAACUGACUGCUGCGGCUUUGAACGGAGGAAAAAGCGAUUGGUGCGCGCUAAUAAGGCAGUUGAGGAGAGUCAAACUGCGGAAUUGUUUGUAGAGCGCUAGAUCCGGUAAAAAAAUUCAACCAGUGUUGUGUUAAUGACAGCUUGGGUGCUUUGUUACUUUACGGUGUAUAAUGAAAU